CCCACCCUCCUCCUCCUCCUCCUCCUCCUCCUCCUCCUCGCUUCUCCUCCUCCUCCGGGCGCUUCUCGGUCUCCGCCGGCGCUCCUCGCUCCGCUCCAGCCGCAUGCCCGUGCCGAGGCUCCUGGAGCAGCCCUGAUUCCCUGAGCUCCGCGUCCAUCCCGGGCGAUCCGGAGGCGCCCGACCAGCCCGGGGCCGAGCAGGGCAGAGCUCCAUGAGGGACCUGCACAAGUCUGAGGUGCUGGGGAGCAAGCGCGGCCUGGGGAUGUCAUGGCGGCCGCAGUACCGCAGCUCCAAGUUCCGGAAUGUUUACGGGAAGGCGGCGAGCCGGGAGCACUGCUUCGACGGAAUUCCCAUCACCAAGAACGUCCACGACAACCAUUUCUGCGCCGUCAACGCGCGAUUCCUGGCCAUCGUCACCGAGAGCGCCGGCGGCGGCUCCUUCCUCGUCAUCCCGCUGGAGCAGACUGGCCGGAUCGAGCCGAACUAUCCCAAAGUUUGUGGCCACCAGGGAAAUGUGCUGGACAUCAAGUGGAACCCCUUCAUUGAGAACAUCAUCGCCUCCUGCUCUGAGGACACCUCGGUGCGGAUCUGGGAGAUUCCGGAGGGGGGACUGAAGCGGAACAUGACGGAGGCGGUGCUGGAGCUGUACGGACACAGCCGCCGCGUCGGGCUCGUGGAGUGGCACCCGACCACCAACAACAUCCUCUUCAGCGCCGGCUACGACUACAAGGUGCUGAUCUGGAACCUGGACAUCGGCGAGCCGGUGAAGAUGAUCGACUGCCACACGGACGUGAUCCUCUGCAUGUCCUUCAACACCGACGGCAGCCUCCUGGCCACCACCUGCAAGGACAAGAAGCUGCGCGUGGUGGAGCCGCGCUCCGGGAGGGUCCUGCAGGAGGCCAGCUGCAAGAACCACCGCGUCAACCGCGUGGUUUUCCUGGGAAGCACCAAACGGCUUCUGACCACGGGAGUGUCCCGCUGGAACACCCGGCAGAUCGCCCUCUGGGACCAGGAAGAUUUAUCCAUGCCUUUGAUCGAGGAGGAGAUCGAUGGGCUCUCGGGGCUCCUCUUCCCAUUCUACGACGCUGACACCCACAUGCUGUACCUGGCUGGGAAGGGUGACGGCAACAUCCGGUACUAUGAGAUCGGCUCGGAAAAGCCCUACCUGAGUUAUCUCAUGGAAUUCCGCUCGCCAGCUCCACAGAAAGGACUGGGGGUGAUGCCGAAGCACGGCCUGGACGUCUCCGCCUGUGAAGUUUUCCGUUUCUACAAACUCAUCACCCUCAAGGGGCUCAUUGAGCCCAUCUCCAUGAUCGUCCCGAGGCGGUCGGAGACGUACCAGGAGGACAUUUAUCCCAUGACUCCAGGGACGGAGCCAGCCCUGACCCCAGACGAGUGGCUCAGUGGGGUCAACAGAGAUCCCAUCCUGGUGUCGCUGAAGGAGGGAUACAAGAGGAAUUCCAAGAUCGUCUUCAAGGCGCCGGUGAGGGAGAAGAAAAGCGUGGUGGUCAACGGGAUCGACCUCCUGGAGAACGUCCCGCCCCGCACGGAGAACGAGCUGCUCCGGAUGUUCUUCCGGCAGCAGGAUGAGAUCCGGCGGCUGAAGGACGAGCUCUCGCAGAAGGACAUUCGGAUCCGGCAGCUGCAGCUGGAAUUAAAGAACUUCCGGAACAGCCCCAAGAACAAUUGACUCCAGGGACGUUUUCUAAAGAAAUUCCUUUGUUUCUACUCCUGAAUUCCUUGGAUCCACUCACCCAGAACACAAUUCUGGAGUCCGCGGCUGCCGAGAGCCUGGAAUCACGUUCUGCGUGUCUUGUCCGGCACUAAUCCCGCUCUAACCUGAUUCCUGGGAAAGCCUGGAGGCUCCCAGUAAGUCGGAGCCAUGUUCUGUCCGUUGGGAUGAGCCAGCCCGGGGCAGAUUCCCGGGAAAGCGCGACGCUUCCUUGCUAUUAAUUUUUUUUCCUAUGCAAAAAUGUGACAGUGGGAGUGGAACUGGAAAAGGGGCGGGAAGUGGGAAGGGCUUGAUCGACAAAGGGAGUUUCUGUGUGGGAAUCCGGGAUCCUUCCCGUGCUGGGAAACUGGGAUCAUUCCCAUGGGAGCAGGAUAGGAUCCUUGCUGUGGUGGGAAACUGGGAUCAUUUCCACAGUGGGAAAUUUCCACAUGGGAUCCUUCUCGUGAUCCUUUCCCAUGCUGGAUGCCCAGGACUCUUCCUGCAGUGGGAUCCCAGGAUUCUUGCUGUGGUGGGAAACUGGGAUCAUUCCCAUGGUGGGAGCCUGGGAUCCUUCCCAUGAUUGUAACUUGGGAUCCUUCCUGUAGUGGGAACCUGGGAUUCUUCCUGCAGCUGGAGCCUGGGAUCUGUCCCAGGAUCCUUUCCCAUGGUGGAAAUCUGGGAUCAUUCUGUGGUGGGAAACUGGGAUCCUUCCCAAGGUGGAAAUUUGGAGAUCCUUCCUGUAGUGGGAUCCUGGGAUAUUCCUGGGGGUGCUGCCCCAUGGAUGGAGCCCAAGGGACGGAUCCUGAGGAUGGAUCCCGAGGGAUGCACCUGGAGCUUGCCAGGCUCAGCACUUUGGACAAUCCCAGGAUUGACAGGAUUUGCCUGGAGCACAGGGAAUGACACCAAAUCCCAUUGGUUUUUCCUGGAGAUCCCAAUUCCCACUCAAUCCGAGCUGCUGAAGUUCCCGGCGUUCCCAGCGCGGGUGUGUCCCGUCUGUGUCCUGCAUUCCCUGCUGUGUUCCAUGUGCUGUCAUUCCUGAUUAUUUAUGCUCCCACGGGAUAGUGAUGGAAUAAAAUCUUUUCAGAA